AUGAAGUUCAUCGCAUUGGUAUCUGGAGGCAAAGAUUCCUGCUAUAGCAUUUUACACAGCAUCAAGCAAGGCCAUGAACUGGUAGCCUUGGGCAACCUUCAUCCCUACGAUGAGGACCAACAAGAAUUGGAUAGUUUUAUGUUCCAAACGGUGGGACAUGAUCUUGUGAAAUGGUACCAACAGUGCACUCAAUUACCAUUGAUACGUCGAGCCAUACGGCCCGAAUCAUCAAAAAAUGUCUCAUUGAACUAUUAUCCCACAGAAACGGACGAAAUUGAAGAUUUACUAGAAUUGUUGAUCGAUGCCCAAAAAAAGGUGCCUGGUCUCGAAGCUGUUAAUGCUGGCGCAAUUCUAUCUUCUUACCAGAGAACAAGAGUGGAGGACGUGUGCUCCCGUUUGGGUCUUGUCUCUUUGAGCUACCUGUGGCAGCGGGAUCAGAAAGAUUUGAUGAGUGAAAUGUGCCUAAUGUCGAAGCAGUCCAAUGAAGAAAACGUCACUCCCAAAAUGGAUGCCAGAUUGAUCAAGACGGCGGCUAUUGGCUUGGACGGGUCAUCUUUAGGCAAAUCUUUACCGCAAGUUUUCCCUCUACUGCAAAGACUGAAUGAAAGAUUCGAAGUUCAUAUCUGUGGUGAAGGCGGAGAGUUCGAAACCAUGGUGUUUGACGCUCCAUUUUUCAAGUAUGGAUAUCUUGAACCCCAUGUGCUGAGGAUUGAAGGUGCUGACAACUUUGAUGGUGUGUAUAGCGCCAGAAUGGGUGUGACCUUUGUGAAGCGCGAAAGCCAGAAAACAAUAGAGGAAUUACUCUUGAACUUGCCCGUUCCACCAGUUUUAGAGCACCGUUGGACAGAAUUGGCAGAGAAUGUUUGUAUUUCGGAUGAAGCAUCUAUUAAGCCUACGUCAAAGACUGCUCAGACUCACACAGCGCAGACAUCCAUCAACAAAAUUGGGUAUAUGCUGUAUGUGUCCAAUCUGAGCCCACGAACAGGAGACUCAGUUGAAUCGAAAACGCAGGACGUUAUCAACCAAUUGAAGGAAAUUCUGGAAGGAAAUAAGCUGUUUGCAAGUCAAAUCAUGUCGUCUUCCCUUUUGUUAGAGAAGAUGGUGGAUUUCUCAACGGUAAAUGCCCUUUACAAUAGAUUCUUCCAAGUACGUGACAAUGGUCCACUGCCUCCAUCGAGGGCAUGCGUUGGUAGUAAUCUUAUUGGGGAGGGUACGACCCUUCAACUCUCUGUGGUGGUUGACACAGCGGCUGUGAUUACCGAACACAAAGGCAUGGCUUUGAAUAUGAGUAAAGACGGCUUACAUGUACAGGGACGCUCUUUCUGGGCCCCAUGCAACAUAGGACCUUAUUCGCAAGCCAUUUGGAAAAAGGAAGAUCCCAAUCGGAUAAGCUUCAUCAGUGGUCAAAUAGCUCUGGUACCUGCAACAAUGGAGCUAGUGAGUUCGCUGAGUCCUGGCCUGGGUGAGGAUAUAUCACAAGCUGUUCUUGCCUUGCGUCAUUUUGAUACACUCAAGAGAACCAUUGAUGCAGAGGUCCAAGUCACUACAGUUUGCUACGUUUCCGGAAACCAAAUGGUGCCCGCUGUUGCUAAAGUAUGGGCGCUGUACUGCACGGAAAUGGCUGAAAUUUCAGACGCUUGGUUUGACAAAGCUUUAGAAGAUCCGCGAUCAUUGAUAAUAGUCAAGGUGUCUGAGCUUCCAAGACAGGCCAAAUGCGAAUGGGGCGGGACUGUCUGCAACAAGUUAUCGGUGGUGGAUGAAGACCAAGACGACCACGCCACGGAAAUUGACGACAAUAAUGCUGGCAAGAAAGAAGAAGAUAAUGAUGAUUUUCUCCGCAUUACUUCCGCGUCCUACCAGGCUACCAUAAAAAAUUCUACUAGUUCAAGACGAGUCGUUACAGGAUAUCUGGAUUCGCAAGAGGACUUUGAGAAGAUUGCAAAGUCUUGCCCACGCUUACAAGCGACUUUAUUCUACUCACCCAGCUCUAACUUAUCUGUCAGCGAAGGCCUGCCUGGGAUUGAGCUUUAUCCGGUCGAGCAAGUCUACGAUUACGAAGGCAAAGAAAGACUUGCUGGGUUCCAACUCACAGGGGAAAGCUAG